UCGGCAGUGGAGAAAUGGCAGUAGUUUCUUCAACUCGUUCAGCUGUCCUGCUGCUACUCGUUCUAAUUUUCUUAAGCUUAGCGGAAGGUAGAAACCACUUAAUCGAGUGGAAGAUUCCCUCCUCGGAAUCCGAAUCCCUGAAUCAGUGGGCCUCCAGAACUCGCUUCCGCGUCGGAGAUACCUUAGAGUGGAGAUACGACGCCUCAAAAGAUUCGGUGCUGCAAGUGUCGAAGAGAGACUACGUGACCUGCACCACGUCGAGCCCCCUCAUAACCUACAACGACGGCAACAACACCACGGCGAGGCUGGAGCAAUCGGGUCCGCACUAUUACAUCAGCGGCGCCGUGGGCCACUGCCAGAUGGGCCAGAAACUGAUCGUCGUCGUCAUGUCGGAGCACCAUCGCCGGACUGGCGGAGCUUCUCCCGCCCCCGCGCCUUCCCCGGCGGACCGGAGUGAAGCCGGGCCAUCAAUUGCAGAGGCGCCUGCCAGCGGAGCCUGGAGUUUCCCCGGCUGCCGGAAGUUCUUGACGCUAGAAUCGGCGCUUGUUCUGUGUUUGCUGCAACUUGUAAUGUGAAAAAAAAAAAAAACUGCCGAUUGAUUAAUAUUAUUAAUUCAUUCUUUCA